GGUGUUUCACCACUUAGAUUUCUUCCUGAACAGUUCCAAUAAAUCUCACUUCUUCCCCAACCUAAUCUGAUCCUUAAUUCUCUCAUAUUCUCCUCUGCAAGACCCAAUUUUUUUUUAUAACAGAAAUCUUCACAAACCUUUUCUCACUUCAUCAAUGGCGGCCAUCACAAACUUCUUACCAAGAGUAACACCUUCUUCACUCUCCACACUCCACAAAACAACCACUUCAUCCAACUCCCUAUUUCCAAUUUUACCCUUCUCCUCCCUUAAACCCAAACCCCAAACCACAAAACUAAUUCCCUCGACUCACCACCGUUCCAACUUCGCCGUUGCCAAGGCCACAGCCGCUCCCGGCACAAAGAAAAAACCCUUAAACGACGAAAAGGUACAAAAAGUCCACAGCAUCGAGGAAUUCGACGAAGCCCUCAGGGCGGCGAAGAACAAGCUCGUGGUGGUGGAAUUCGCCGCCAGCCACAGCCCACAGAGCAGCAACAUCUACCCUUUCAUGGUCGAUCUGAGCCGGACCUGUAGCGACGUCGUUUUCAUCCUCGUAAUGGGAGACGAAUCGGAUAAGACGAAGGAGCUCUGCGAGAGAGAGAAGAUCGAUAAGGUUCCUCACUUCACUUUCUACAAGAGCAUGGAGAAGAUCCACGAGGAAGAAGCAAUCGGUCCCGAUAUGUUGGUGGGAGACGUGCUAUACUACGGUGACAACCACUCGGCUGUGGUGCAGCUGCACUGCCGUGCUGACGUGGAGAAGAUAAUCGACGACCAUAAGAUCGAUAAGAAGCUGAUCGUGCUUGAUGUGGGGCUGAAGCAUUGUGGACCGUGCGUUAAGGUGUAUCCGACGGUUGUUAAGCUGUCUAAGCAGAUGGCUGACAGUGUCGUUUUUGCUAGAAUGAAUGGGGACGAAAACGACAGCUGUAUGCAGUUCUUGAAGGAUAUGGAUGUCGUUGAGGUCCCUACUUUCUUGUUUAUAAGAGAUGGUGAGAUUUGUGGGAGGUAUGUUGGGUCUGGUAAAGGAGAGCUUAUUGGUGAGAUUCUUAGAUACCAAGGAGUUCGUGUCACUUAUUAAAACAAAACAAAAAAAUAUCAUUAUAUUAUAUAAAUAUCUAUAUAUAUAUAUAAUGUUUAUUAAUUAGCUGAAGAAACUUCAAGAAAUCAAUCGAGUUGAUGAAUUUUUAUUUUUUAUGAAAUUUCCUUUAAAAGGAUCAGACGGGUCUAAUUAAUUUGCUGUACUAUCUGGAAUGAUUGAUAUUUAUAACUCAUACAUGAGAUUAUUAGUUUA